UAAAAAUCGAAGUUCACAUCGCGAUUCUAAUUGCGCCAGAGUAAUUACACAUGGUUGCUGCAGCAACGGUCAGGCAUACUGAAAAGAGGGGGAUUCGCGUGCCGAGAGCACAACGGGUCACAAACAAAACAAUGAAGCCAUUUGUUGUUCGGAUUCUAUUGGAAGGCGUGAAGAUAGGCAAUUAUAUAAUCGCCAAUAAUCCCAUUUAUUAGGAACCAAAGUGAGAACACAUGCGAAACCCGCUUCGUGGGUUAUCGCGAGUGACUGGAACAAGAAAAACACACGCAAAUCGCUGCCUAGAAGAGAGAUUAGUCCCGCUUUAAAACAUAGCGCCUCACACAUGGCCUUGCUUCCGGCCGGAGGCAACCAGCGGGGCGUACUGCGAAGCACUAUCAGUCAGUCAGUCAGUUAGAAAGCACGAUGAAAAUAUUCUUCCGCAAAAAGUGCGGCUUCCUGCUGAUCCUGGUGUUCGGGUUGCUGUUCAUCUUUUGGAACAACGUGUAUCUGUUUCACGAGCCGCAGAUCAAGCGAAAGGUGGACGACCUAAAUCAAACCGGCAGUUUGGCGCUGAUCUACAGCAAUUGGAACGACCUGAGCAGGGAUGCCACAGGCAUCGGAAGGGGUGGCAAUUCCAGUUCUCAUACCGAGUCGCCUUUGCCGAUCAACAACAAAAGCAGCACCUACCAGCGGCAUUACUUCAAUGUGGAGCUGAGCAAUCGAAUUGGCGUCGAUCGAGCACUGCCCGACACGCGACACGCAAACUGUAAGACCCGCGAGUUCCUAGUCUCACCAGGGCGCACCACAUCUGUGAUAAUAACGUUCCACAACGAGGCCACCUCGACGCUGCUCCGGACCAUCGCCAGCGUCCUGAAGCAAACUCCGGCCGACCUGCUGCGUGAAAUCAUCGUCAUCGACGACUGCAGCACCGCGUUGGAGGACAAUCUGGACUUCCUGAACCGAGUUCCGUUGGUGCGGUUCCAUCGGAACUACGUACGGGAAGGUUUGAUUCGUUCCAGGAACAUCGGAGUGGCCUACGCCACCGGAGAUUACGUAAUCUUUAUGGACAGCCACUGCGAGGUGAACCGAGGUUGGUUGGAACCGCUGGUCGACCGGUUAGCGGUAGAUUCGACGGUGGUGCUAAGCCCGAUCAUCGACAUAAUCGACGCGGACACUUUUGAGUAUCGACCGAACUCGGCACGGUUGAGGGGCGGGUUCGAUUGGAGUUUGCGGUUCCGUUGGCUUCCGGUUGCAGAGGAGGAAUUGGAGCACCGAAAGCAUGACGAAUCGUUACCGUUCUUCAGUCCGGCUAUCUCCGGCGGGGUGUUUAUCGUUUCGAAGGCGCUCUUCCAACAGCUGGGUGGCUUCGAUGGAGGACUGGAGAUUUGGGGCGGCGAAUCUUUGGAAUUUUCGCUGAAAUCGUGGCUUUGCGGUGCACACGUGGAAGUUGUUCCCUGCUCCCGGAUAGGUCACGUGUUUCGACAAAAGCAUCCGUACCGAUUUCCUCAGGGGAGUGCAACUACUUAUUUACGAAAUACCAAGCGGAUUGCGUCCGUGUGGAUGGACGAGUUCCAGAACUUUUUCUACGAGACCCGACCGGAGGCGAAUGCUCUGUCAGUGGGCUCUCUGCAGGACAUGAAGGAUCUGAAGCGGCGGUUGAACUGUCGCAAAUUUAGCUGGUACCUACAGAAUGUGUUCCUCGAUCUGAAGCUGCCAAAUGAGAACAACGCGGCCUUUGGACAUCUGCGGCAUGGCGAGCGGUGUCUGGACGUGAAACCAAAGUACAAGCGAUCCCGGAAGCGUAGUCACCGUCAACAGUCGGCCAGGGGGAACGACGUCGUGCUGGUCGAGUGUAGCCGGGAUGACGCGGACAGUGCCUCGAAGUGGUCGUUGAACAAGAAGAGCGGUCAACUGAGUACUGAUUCGGGGGCCUGUUUGAGCGUGCGAGACGAGCUAGUGCAGUUGGAGCAGUGCGAGGAUGCUGACGGGGAUCAGCAGUCACAACGAUGGGAACGGAUAGGUGGGACGCUGGUACACAGUGAGACUGAAAUGUGCCUAGAGAAUCUGGUCAGGGCCGACGUGGGUGCGAGUGAGUGCAGGAGGGGGGCUCCUAGUCAGUUGUGGAAUUUUUCCGUGGAAAUACAGCAUAUGAGAUGAUAUUUUUUAGGUAGAGUAAUAAAUUGUUUGAACUGUGA